GCUCUCCUGCCUCCACAGACCUCAUUCAACGUCUCCAUCACUCGGUCCGGCUGUUCCACAGAUCUCAGCACUGUCCUGCAGGCUGAAGGAGCACAGAAAGGCAGUCUAAACCUGUCUCUAACUUGUGAGCCUCAGCUUAGUCUCCGGGCAUCUGUACUGCACUCAAUUGAGCCAAUAAAGAAGCUGCAAUUUCCUACCCACGGAGAGCUAUUCCUAAACGUCUCAACUGCCCUUCUGCCUGGUGUGGAGGUCGGCCUGGAGGUCGGACGUUGUUUCUUUAGGGGUAACGUAGGGAAAGUCAAGGCUUCACAGACAGAGACUGAGCAGGCUUCUUACACUGUUAAUGUGAGCAGCUUCUGUCCUCUGCAGGUAAGUCAUGCUGUGUCUGUGGCAAAGACGUCUGACACAGUGAGAGUAAACAGUCAUUUUAGACACACAGUGAAUUGUCUGAAGAAGCUGGGAGUCUCCGUCGACAACAGCAUCCAGGUGGAGUUUGGUUCUGCUGAGGGGAAAGGCAUGAGCUUACAGUCCCAGUUUGGUGGUCAGCUGGCGGGACUGAGGCUUAAGAUGAAAAAUGUUCCCAUGACUAAAGAAAUAAGAGGAACCAUGUGGCACAGCUGGUCAUGGCUACACGACAGAGGCCUGCCAUCUAAUAUAGAGGGUCUUUGCUCCAUCCAAGGAACCUUCUCUCAGCUUCAGUCCAGGGCUCAGCUCACUGUGGAGGGACACAAGCUGCUCACAUCUGGCUUGAAUUUCAGUGGCACCAAUGGACAUCUGUCUGUUCUCCUCUCCUACUCUCCUCCAGCUUUCAAUCAAACAAGAACUCAAUGCAAUCUGGACGCCGUCCUCACUGCUCAGUUCAAAGGUCAGACAAAAAGUCGGGUUUAA